CCAAGGCAAAUGUUCUAAUGCGUGGCAACGGCAUCUAUUGAUAUAAGAGGAAUGAUUAGUGUGUGGAGUGGGUCCAGCACACACACGCAGCUGAUUGGCUGAGGGGACAAAAGAGCCCACGGAGGAUUUACCUGAAGAGAGGUGGAGAGGAGACACGCACAGGGAAGGAAGGGAGAAAAAAAGAAGAUUUACCUGUAGACCAACUUCUGGAACUCACUGACUGUAUGAGCUGCUCCGACUUGAAAGUCCAGUUUCACCAGGAAGAAGAGGAGAGGAAGCAGAAUAUGAGCCAGCCUGAGACAGACAGUAAGCGUCUGGUGGUGGUGGUCCCCAAUGAGAGCUCCUUUCCUGCAGUCCGUCGGGCAUACACAAGCGAGGACGAGGCAUGGAGGUCCUACCUGGAGAACCCGCUGACAGCCGCCACCAAAGCCAUGAUGAGCAUCAAUGGGGACGAGGACAGCGCCAACGCCCUGGGCCUGCUCUAUGACUACUACAAGGUGCCUAAAGAAAAGAGGCUUCUGCCUGUCGGCAAAGUAGUGGAAAUUACAGAGGAACAGGAGAAGAGGUCUACGUUGCCUGCCAAUCCCAGCAACCAAAGCGAGGUGGAGCCGGUGGAUAAUCGAGUCCAAGUCCUUAAAUCCGUCCCGGUAAAGCUGUCUCUGAACAUGGAGCACCAAAGCGAGACCAAAAGGGAGCAGUUGAGCAGCUCAGCGGGGGCUAGUGCAGGGGACGGCGGCUCAGCAGCUGUGGCCGUGGUGAAGGCGGAAGUGUACGCCCCCGUCUUCAUGGCAGGAGCUGGACUACACUACAGGGUGGAGGGGGAGGAGCCGGCGCGGGUCAUCUAUGAACAGAGCCCCUACGAGGUGACCGCCGUCAGCCACGACUCCUACGGGAAGACGGACCAGCAGAGUCCGCCUGACAGCCCCUAUGAAGAGGACCGGGAUGGGAAGUACCACACACCUUCCUCUCUGGUGACAGAUGACUUCUUAUUUCAUGAGGAAGGAGUUGACAGUUUCCAGUACACCCUCGAUGCCACCCGCUCACUGCGUCAGAAACAGGGCGAGGGGCCCAUGACCUACCUGAACAAGGGCCAGUUUUACGCUGUGACGCUCAAUGAGCUCAGCACUAACAAACGUCUCCGUCACCCUAUCAGCAAAGUCAGGAGUGUGAUCAUGGUGGUGUUCAGUGAAGAUAAGAACCGAGACGAGCAGCUCAAAUACUGGAAGUACUGGCACUCUCGGCAGCAUACGGCCAAACAGAGAGUCCUGGACAUCGCUGACUACAAGGAGAGCUUUAACACAAUCGGCAACAUUGAAGAAAUCGCCUACAAUGCCAUCUCCUUCACUUGGGAUGUGAACGAAGAGGCCAAGAUCUUCAUCACUGUGAACUGUCUGAGCACAGACUUCUCAUCGCAGAAAGGGGUCAAGGGUCUUCCUCUGAUGAUCCAGAUCGACACAUACAGCUACAACAACCGCAGUAAUAAACCGCUGCACAGGGCCUACUCGCAGAUUAAAGUCUUCUGUGACAAGGGAGCAGAAAGGAAAAUAAGGGACGAGGAGAGAAAACUAUUCCGCAAGAAAUCUAAAGGUAAGGAAGGAAGCAUAGGUGUGAUAACUGUUCCCAAGAAGUCUGACACCACCUAUUUCAAGACCAUGAGUGACCUGGAGGCCCAGCCGGUCCUGUUCAUCCCUGAUGUUCACUUUGGGAACCUGCAGAGAGCCGGACAGGUGUUUACCUUCAACACAGAGGAGAUUGAAAGAGAAGGAAGCGUGUUGGUGAAGAGGAUGUUCAGGCCGUCAGAUGAAGAUCUGUGUCCGUCACCGCACAAACAGAUCAAAGAGGAAACACACAAAAGAGUUUUGUUGUAUGUGAGGAAGGAGACAGACGAGGUGUUCGACGCUCUGAUGCUCAAGUCUCCGACACUCCGAGGCCUCAUGGACGCAAUAUCGGAGAAAUACGGCGUGCCCACAGAGAGGAUAGAAAAAGUGUACAAGAAAAGUAAAAAAGGGAUCUUGGUGAACAUGGACGAUAACAUCAUUGAGCAUUACUCCAAUGAAGACACCUUCAUCCUCAACAUCGAGAGCUACGCCGACGCCUACAAGAUCACGCUGACAGAAAUCUGACGAUGACCGCAGGUUCCCACAAAAAAAAAAAAAAAAAACCUCAUGUGCUGUGAAUGCUGGUUGGAUAGAAUCUACAAGGCUGCUAUCGAUUUUCUGA